ACGAAAAAUGCCCGUCGGACGGCUUUUGCGAAGAAUGAAAGCGUGAAUCGACGAAUUGAAACCAAAUACAAGUCAAGCAAAUCAUUUUGAAGGAUUCUGUAGCAUAACAUGCAAACAAACGCGAAAAUCGAGGUAAGAAAAAGUAAGAAUCUUUGCCUUCUAUUCCCCGAGUCGGCAAUGGCUGGCACAAAAAUUCUCUUCAAACGUAGUGAAUUCCGUCCCUUUAAGCUUGUUGCCUUUAAAGCCUUGCUUAUUUUGAUGACUUCUAUCAGUGAAUUCAUGUUUGCUUGUUUCUAACUCCAUAUUUCUCGUAGAAAUUGAAAAAUAAAGCGUUUUUGGAAAGUAAAUAUCGGGUGACGAGGUUACGCUCAAGCCUCUCUUUCAUUAUGCUAAUUACUCUUACUUCGUUUGCAUAAUCUGACAGCGUCACAAAAAUUCGUAGAAAAUUGCUUUAUAUUUUUGACCGAUAUUCGGACUGUUUUGCUCAGAUAUUGAAGAAAAAAAUAUUUCUAAUGUAUUAUGCACCUAUCAAUGGUUUGCCCCAGGAUAGGGGGGUGGGGGCAACCCACGGAAUUAGACUCAGUGAAGCGCUGUGGGUAGGGAAUUUGACAUAUUUGAGAUACUGCCAUACAUGGGCUAUAUAGACAUGUGCCGCUGUGAAGGGUAUGGUUCUCAAGCAGUUUACUCUGGGAUAGGGUAUAUAAAUGAGAGAGUUUGGGUCUAGAAGAGGCCAUCUUUUUCCAUUUAAACUGAUCAAGGCUGAAGAUUUUAGUCUAGACUAGGGAAACUGGGAAUUGCCACUCAAGAAUAUAAAAAAAUCAAAUCAGUUUUGUUUUGGCUGGACUUUUCUAGUGACCUCAGUUGUUUCUGGAAAACAGCUACUAUAGGAUAGGGGGGAUUUGGCGAGUUUAGUCUAGUAUAGGGUAGCAUAGUAUAGGGCUCCAGGGUCCCAGCGGCAAAUCCCCACCCAAAAAGCCCUAAAGUACCCCUUCGCGGGGCAGAGGGGCGUGCAGAGUUGUUUUGCUCAUGAAACCUGUUGUUUUUUGACGUUCCCGUUGCCGUAGUCAUCGUGGUUUUGUAAGGUCCCUAAUGGGGACCGUACGUGUUAUUAACUAAUCCCGUACUAAAGUUGCGCUUUUCAAGCGGAAUUUAGCUGGAAUUAGUACUUUAUUUUAUCGCAGGGUGCGGCGACUAGCAGAAAUUAAAAAGCUAUCAUUCUUCUUUAAAAAGAAUUACAUCUAACCAACACUGUCCUACUGUCUUUGACCGCACCUUGAAAUUAACGCGUCAGCGAGCGGGUCGCGUGACACUCGCGGGUGACGUCUUAAUAUAUUCCCCAACUGGACAAUCUAAUACACUUUACACGUACCGUUCUUUACAGGAACGCCUCGUAAAACUGGGCCUUUUUUUCCAUUAAAACGAAACAAAUAUACAAUUUCCCCUUCUGAAGGGCUUAGUUCGUCAUAAUUUUCAAGAAUGUUGGGGUUGGGUACGUUGUUAUUGUGUAAAAUUCUUCAGUUCUACUUUUUUUUUUCACCGAAUUUUCCGUGACGCAUGAAAUUUCCUACUUGUAGACUUUUUCCAAACAGUAUGUUCUGCCGUUGCAUGGAACUAUUUUGUUGUGUAUCAACUUCUGGGCUCCCUCUCAUGAACCUGUGGAGUGGACAUUGAUCACGAUGAAAGUUUGGUGCGUUUCCGUUCUCCAAAGGAGGUCAGAAGAUGAACGUUCAGACAAACUAAAACUAAAAACAACGUUGUGUUUCAUCUUUGACAGUUUUGAAAUUUAUUCAGAGGCUAGAUCUUCUUGAAGAUGGUUUAUGUGGUUUAUUGCCGUAGAAUAUAGCUGAGGGUAUAAAAUGUAAAAAUUGAUAUUGAAACUAAAAAAUACUCGUUAGGUUGAAAUGUUUGGCAGCAGCAUUAUAUAAAGGGUUCAUGAUUUUCCAGUCACAAAAAGUCCGUGCGCAUAUGAACUUCCCCUCUUAAUUCCGGAAAUAAAAAUUAGUCACGCAACCUAAAUACAUGUUUUGCAGCGUCUGGUGAUAUUCUCAAACCUCAAAACUGAGUAUGUAAACAAGUAAGUAAUUUUUUCACUCUUCUGUGAACUGCCUCAGUAAGAUUUCUGUAUUUAACCCAAUACACUUAUCAUACUUUCAAUACAUGUAAUUUCAUACUUUUUCUUGCAAGUAGUUUAAGAAACGGUCCAGAUGGCAACAACGGCAACGAACAUGUUGGAAUGCAAAAAAAAGGUGCUAACUUUUCUAUUGUCUGUACUUACUUCUGAUUGGCUUAAACAGCAAAAGUUAACAAAACUUCAUAAAGCGCUACAUAUAUUCAUCCUUACUUUCCAACCAUCUUCCAUAUAACAAAAUCUGGUCUAUGUUUGAAUAACAAAGAAAUCCUAUGUGGGGACCCGUGUGAAAUACUCCCAUGGAAUUCCAUGGAAAUCCAUGGAAAUCCGUGGAAAUCCAUGGAAAUCUAUGGAAAUCCAUGGAAUUCCAUGGAAAUAGAUGGAAAUCCAUGGAAUUCCAAGGAACUUCCAUGGAGUAUCCAUGGAGUUCCAUGGAAUGCCAUGGAGUUUCGUGGAGUAUCCAUGGAGUUCCAUGGAAUGCCAAGGAGUUCCACGGAGUUCCAUGAAGUAGUGAUGGAGUUCCAUGGAAUGCCAUGAAAUUCCAUGGAAUAUCGUGGAGUUCCAUGGAAUGCCAUGGGGUUCCCUGAAGUACCGAUGCAGUUCCAUGGAAUGCCUAGCGUGCCCAUGGAGUUCCAUGGAAUGCCAUAGCGUGCCCAUAGAAAUUCAGUAAUCAAGCAACUCAUCAACUUGUUAGCCACAUGUUCAAGUCUGCACUUUUUAUUGGAUAGAAAAAUAGGAAACAUUUGAAAGCUUUCUAAAAGCAAAAUAGAUAGUACGUUUAAAUUACACAGAUAAUGCAAAAGUAUGCAAAAUGUUCACCAACGCUGAAAGUCCGAGUGUAAGAAAUUUUAUUGCUAACUAUAAAGAGGAAUGUUUUGUGUGCUUAAUAAAAAAAUGAUCCUGUUAAAAAAAAAAUAAAUAUAGAAAAUUAUUUUUUAGUAGGGCUGUCUGCCAUUUAUCUUUUAAAAUCAGAGUUGCAUUUAAAAUAUGAGAAGAUCACUGUUAUUAACAACAUGCAGUGUCUUCAUUACAUUGACACAGUGCCCCUAUUCAUACAGGACCCUUACACCGACGUGUAUCUGCUAUGACAUACAGGAUCAAGUCUCUACUUGAAAUUUAUAUGAAAUUUCUAAGUCUCUUGAAAUUUCUGAUCAACAAAUUUCCAUGAAAGUGUAAGUCUCUUCAACCACUGUUCCAUUUUUAAGGAAGAAUUUCAGUGGCAAAUUUUGAAAAGAAGAAAAAUUCGAUGUGGCAAUUAAGAUUGAGAACCGAUCCAGGGGCGUAGAAACCAUAAUUUGUAGCGUAACCACUCUACCGCGGAGUAGUGGGCCAUUCCAUUUAAUAUCCACCCAUUGUUUAAUGCUUAUAUGAAUACCACUUUCAGAGUCAUUCUUUUUUAUUGAGUUUCUACUUGCGACUGUCGUACGAAGUUUAUAUUUUUCGUGUAUUCCGCGUGAAAGAGAAAAACAACUCCAAGCGACAAACUUCCCAAGAGUGUUUUUCCUCCCUUUAUAGAAAUAAGACUACUUCUGUUUUGUUUCUGUGGAGUUUUGACUUGAAUUGCUGAAUAGCUGUCUCAACCCGGCAUUAGUCAAACCUUUCGUUUUCCUCUCCAGUGGCGUGCGUUUAUCAAAACUCCGGAAAACAUUUCGGGACCGAAAUUUUUCUUGUCGGUUUUCUAUUGAACAACUGCACUUACUAGUGCCAAUAUUUUUGUAUUAAAUAUUUUCUUGUAUACAACCAGCCUCUUCGGCAUUUUUUUUCGUAGCUCAAUAGCUCUUUGUCUCUUCCCUUACUGUUCCUCACACUUGAAUAUGCUAAAAUUACACAUCAUGCAUGUGUUUUUUAACUUCCUACACAGUUCACACAUUAUAUUUAUUUCUUAGCAUUAUAUUUGUUUCUUACUACCAGUGGGGUUUACCUUUCAUCGUAAGGCGUUUCUUUGUUUUCCUCUAUUAAUAUGAUAGAGUUUUUGUAGAUUGUGUGUUGUUUCUUUAACUACUGUCAUUGAUAGUUUAUUUACUAUGCCACAUUUCUUAUGACAGGAUGUUCUGGACAGAGGAACAUGAUGUCAUUUUAGUCAGAGAAAUGCUAGCGAACAGCCCCUUUGCUGGCACAAAACGUGGGACAGUUCAAAGAGGUCGGAAGUGGAACGAAAUCUCUGAGCGCCUUUUGCAAGCAGAAGCCCCCAAAUUUAAGGUUGACCAGAGAGGUGUUAGAGAAAGGUAUGGUCUACUUGCCAAAGCAUACAGGAGGAAAAUUAGAGGGGAGGAAAGAGCAAGUGGGAUUAGCACCCCAGAAUUGACAGAGGUAGAGCAAGCCCUGGAAGACCUCAUUGUGAGAGAGAAGAUGAGGCUGAUCGAGACCAACAGGAGACAGCAGCACAAAAGAGGAAGGUAAAGGAAGAUAAGAAAGAUGCUGAGGAAGUGAGAAAGAGGGCAAUGGAGAGGCUGGGAGACAGAAUGAAAAGAAGUGAGAUUGAAGGAAAGGGGAAGAAAAGAAGAUCAAGUGGAAACAACACCCUGGAGUAUCUAAAGGAGAGAAAUGAAAUGUUGGAUGAAUUUAAAAAAGAGGAGCUGGAGCUGAAAAAGCAGGAGUUGCAGCAAGAAGCCAAGAAGAAUGAAGCUAUGAUGAAGUUGAUGAGCCAGCAGCUGGCACAGCAACAGAAGCAAACUGAUGGAUUCCAGACCAUGAUGAUAACCAUGUUUUCUAAAUUUUUGGAGAAGUGA